AUGCAACUAACUGAAGUGCAUAAUGACAAAGAUAUUUACAAAGGUUGGCUAAGUUUUAAACAAGGUUAUUUUUUCCUUUCAUCUUUUCCUUUCAUAUUUCGUUUAUUUUUGUUUUUUCCUUCUUUUGUGAUUCUUCUUUCCUAUUUUACACAAUUCUUCUUUUUCCUUCUUUUUCAUUCUCUUUUCUUUCAUUUUCCCACAUAUUUUGCAUUUAAUUUCCUCUUUUUUUGUCAUCUUUUCUUUCUUACCCGCCUUUUGUUUCAUCUUUUCUCUAUUUCCCGCCUUUUUUGUCAUCUUUUCUUUUUUUUUUUACCCGUCCUUUUUUGUCACGAUUUCUUUAUUUCCCGUCUUUUUUGUCACUAUUUCUUUAUUUCCCGCCUUUAUCUUUCAGUUUUGCCGGUUUCCUUUUCUUCUUUUUACGUUUUUUUCUUUUCCAUUUCUCUUUUUUACUUUAUUUGGCGUUUCUCUAUUCCCGCCAUUUUUUGUCUUUCUUCGCAAUCCCUCUAUCGUAAUUCUUCUUUUACUUGUUAUUUUUUCCUAUUUUCUUCACUUUUGCCUUUGUUCUAUUCCUUUUUCUUCUUUUUUUCUUUUUUCUCUUUCUUCUUUGAACUUUUUUUUUUAUCUUUCUCGAUUUUCUAUUACGCCAUUUAUCUUUUUCCCUCUACUUUUGACUUUUCUCCUUUUCCUCUUCUUUUUCCUACUUUUUCAUCUUCCUUUUUUACUUCUUGCUUUUCUUUCUUAUUUUCUACACUUUUUUGUAUUUAUUUUUACUUCUUUUUGAAUUUUUCAUAUUUCCUUCUUCCGUGUUAA